AUGCCUGGCCUUCCCACUAGUAUCGAUCUCGAUGAGUGCAUCGAGCGACUCUAUCGGAAAGAGCUCCUUGCGGAGCCAGUGAUUGAAGCUGUAUGCGCGAAGACAAAAGAGCUAUUAAUGAAAGAGAGCAAUGUGGUCCAUAUUAUGGCGCCGGUUACCGUUGUGGGAGAUAUCCAUGGCCAAUUCUUCGAUUUAUUAGAAAUCUUCCGUAUCGGCGGAUUCUGCCCUGAUACAAAUUAUCUUUUUCUUGGCGACUAUGUCGACCGUGGCCUUUUCAGUGUGGAAACUAUUUCUCUGCUAGUCUGCCUCAAACUCCGAUACCCCCACCGAGUCCAUCUAAUCCGCGGUAAUCACGAAUCUCGCGGCGUAACCCAAUCCUACGGCUUCUACACUGAGUGCGCCCGCAAAUAUGGCAAUGCUAACGUAUGGCACUACUUCACGGAUAUGUUCGAUUACUUAACGCUGAGCGUGGUGAUCAAUGAUGAGAUUUUCUGUGUUCACGGUGGUCUUUCUCCUUCUAUUCACUCUCUGGACCAGAUCAAGAUUAUUGACCGGUUCCGUGAAAUUCCCCAUGAGGGCCCGAUGGCUGAUCUGGUCUGGUCUGAUCCUGAUCCUGAACGGGAUGAAUUCUCUCUUUCUCCGCGUGGUGCUGGCUAUACCUUUGGAGCGCAGGUUGUUCGGAAGUUCCUGGAAGUCAAUAAGAUGUCCCAUAUUCUACGGGCGCAUCAGCUAUGCAAUGAGGGUUAUCAGAUUCUUUUUGAUGACCGCUUAAGUACGGUUUGGAGUGCUCCCAACUAUUGCUACCGCUGCGGAAACCUCGCCAGUGUUUUAGAAGUUAGCGACAAUAUGGAACGCUUCUUCAAUAUCUUUGAUGCGGCACCUGAGAACGACAUCCACAGGAGUGAGCAACAGGCACAGCAGAACAGAGACUCCCAGCCUGUGAUUGACUAUUUCUUGUGA